AUUAUUUAUACUUAACGGCAACGACGCAGAUAGUUGAAGGAACUAUGGUAUAUGCGUACAAAGGAGAAAACCUCAACCUCACCUGCAUCAUAAAUCACAAUUAUGAUCGUCGACCCAACCACGUAAUAUGGUAUCACCAGAAUGAUAUCGUGGCUUAUGAAUCCUUACGCAAGCGAGAUAAAUCUCCCCUGAACAGCAUCACGUCCUACCACGUGAUCCGAAACGUGGACUUUGACGACUCCGGAAAUUAUACGUGCGCUCCGGAACUGUACGGCGCAGCCAGUACCAUCGUUCAAAUUUUGGAUGGUGAUGAAACACAAGAAGCAAUAGCCAGUAAUAAAGGAGGGAGCGGAGUCCAUUCGAGAGUAGCAUCAUUAGUUGCUCUAGUAGCCGGCAUCCUGAAUCUAUGCAUAUUUUACUGUCACCCGGACAAAGCAAGAUGAUGUUAAUAGAACAUUUCGAUAUCAAGGUUGUAAAUAAUUCAACGCAUCCUAGGGUUAA